AUGAUUCAAACAUGGGAGGAGUUGACACGUGUCAUGCGAGCUAAAUUUGUGACGAGUUCGUAUACGCAAGAAUUGCAUGUUCAACUGCAAUCGAUGAAGCAAGGAAAUAGGACAGUCGAUGAGUUCUACAAGGAUUUGGAGGUGACUUUAAUGCGGGCUGAUGUUCGAGAUAGUCAACAAGCCACGGUAGCGAGGAUCUUGACGUGGCUGAAUCGAGACAUUGCUGACAAAGUGGGAUUGUAUCAUUUUGAUGAUAUUGAUGAAUUGGUGGAACGUGCUAUUACUAUUGAGAAGCAAUUGAAGCGUAAGGGCAAACAGAAAACAUUUGGUACGAAGCCCUUCACACCAAAUUAUACCAAGAAGGAUGACAAAACCCAAGUGGGUCAAGGAUACGGUAAAGGAAAAGGUAUUAUCAAGGAUGACACGCCACGGAACAAGCAUGUUGGAGCUGAUCCGGAGAAGCCGAGGAAUCGAGAUAUCAUUUGCUUCAAGUGUCAAGGUCGAGGCCACAUUGCAAGUCAAUGCCCAAACAAAAAAAUGAUGAUCCUCAAUAAGUUUGGGGAAUACGAAACGGAAUCUGAAAAUGAGGAGGGGGUUGAUCAAAGAGUAGAUGAGAAAAAUAACACGGAUGAUGAUUCUGAUUCUGGUGUUGGUUUGAGUUUGGUUACCUUACGAGCCUUAAGCACUAUGUCAAGGACCUUUGAUGAGGAACAACGAGAAAAUCUCUUUCAAACUCGUUGCAUAAUUGGAGGCAAAGUGUGUAGCCUCAUUAUUGAUAGUGGGAGUUGCACAAAUAUUGUAAGUGAACUUGCUGUUCGAAAAUUGAAUUUGCUAACAACACCCCACCCCAAACCAUUCAAAUUGCAGUGGGUUAGCAAUUACGGAGAUUUGAAUGUGAACAAGCAGGUGACGGUUCCUAUCAAGAUAAAAAAUUAUGAGGAUCAAGUCGUUUGUGAUGUGCUACCGAUGCAAGCUUGUCACAUAUUACUUGGAAGGCCAUGGCAGUUUGAUAGAAAGGCUCAUCAUGAUGGAUAUUUGAAUAGAUACUCAUUUGAGUUUGAGAGUAGAAAGAUAUGUUUAAAGCCGUUGUCUCCAAUGGAUGUCCAUGAGGACCAACUCUACAUGGAUCGUCAAUUUUUGGAAGAAGCCAAAGAAAAGAGAGAAAGAAAAAAGAGUGAAAAAAAUAAGAGUGAAAAAGGUGAGCAUAGGAGUGAGAAAAGUGAGAGCGAAAAAAAUAAGAGUGACAAAAGAGAGCAAGUGAGUGAACAACGCAAGAGUGAGCUUGAAAGAAAAAUGCUUGUGAGCUUGAGAGAGGCAAAAAAUUUGAAAGUUCAUGAGGGAAGUUCUUAUUUACUUUUGAUUAAACCUGUUUAUUUGUCUAAACAAGAGCUAAUGGAACUCCCUCCCAAUGUUGCUUCUCUUUUGCAGGAAUAUCAAGAUGUGUUUCCUGAUGAAGUAACCGGAGGAUUACCACCUAUUCGGGGCAUUGAGCACCAGAUGGAUCUCAUUCCAGGUGCAUCAAUUCCAAAUCGUCCAGCUUACAAGGCAAGUCCAGAGGAAGUCAAGGAAAUACGUAAGCAAGUGGAUGAGUUGCUUGACAAAGGCUGGAUUCUCAAAAGCCUAAGCCCUUGUGCUGUACCGGUUCUUCUUGUCCCAAAGAAGGAUGGCGGGUGGAGGAUGUGCAUCGAUUGUCGAGCCGUAAAUGCCAUAAUGUGGAUAUCAUCAGAUUAG